UCUCCUGGAGAGGAAGGAGCGCGACACGGAACCCCGUUUGGGACGCCUAGGUCUGCAGCGCCCUCGGCCCCAGAGGCGGAGCCGGAAGCUCUACGGUUUCAUCCCUAAGCCCCUGUGUUGUAGAAGGGGCAGUUCUCUUCCUCUCGACCCGUUCCGCCUGCCCUUCUCCCCCUUCAUCCGGAGGCCGAAGUCCGCUGCCCGGCCGGGCGGUGCUGCCGGAGCUCCCGGACCCGGAAGAAGCACUUACUCCCUCCUCCGCCAUGGAGCCCACCGCGCCGUCCCUCACCGAGGAGGACCUGACAGAAGUGAAGAAGGACCUAUAUCAGAAAUUCAUAACCAUGGGGAAUCAUGAAUGGGUUUCAGGAGGUCUAUGGAAAAAAAGCUUUAGAAAAUCUGCGUGUAUACCUAUGUGAAAAAAUCAUAGCUGAGAGACAUUUUGAUCAUCUACGUGCAAAAAAAAUACUCAGUAGAGAAGACACUGAAGAAAUUUCUUGCCGAACAUCAAGUAGAAAAAGGGCUGGAAAAUUGUUAGACUACUUACAAGAAAACCCCAAAGGACUAGAUACACUGGUUGAAUCUAUUCGGCGAGAAAAAACACAGAACUUCCUGAUACAGAAGAUUACAGAUGAAGUGCUGAAACUUAGAAAUAUAAAACUAGAACAUCUGAAAGGACUGAAAUGUAGCAGCUGUGAGCCUUUCCCAGAUGGAGCCACAAACAACUUCUCUAGAUCAAAUUCUAAUGAGAGUAAUUUCUCUGAAAAACUGAGAGCAUCCACUGUCAUAUACCAUCCCGAAGGAGAAUCCAGCACGGCCCCCUUUUUUUCUACUGAGUCUUCUCUGAAUUUGCCUGUUCUUGAAGUCGGCAGAACUGAAAAUCCGACCUUCUCUUCAACUACGCUUCCCAGACCUGGGGACCCCGGGGCUCCUCCUUUGCCACCAGAGCUGCAGUUAGGAGGAGGAGGAACGUGUGGAAACUCUAGUGAGAUGUUUCUUCCCUUGAGAUCACGUGCUGUUUCCCACCAAUGACAGUUUACAGCCUCUUAAUCUUUUUUAAUAAUGACAAGAAAUAUUUGAAAGGAUAUCAAUCUUUUUAUAAAAUUGCUAGAAUGACAACAUUUGAUAUAUGUCUUUUAAAAAGCAAUGGAAGCAUACUUUGUAAAUAGACUUUUUUAGGACAAAAGAAGCAUACUUUUAGAUAGCUGAAGAAAAUCGUGUUGAUCAUGUAAUUUUCAGUGUUUUCUUUGCAUUUUUGAGGUAUGGAGUGUUCACAUUUUUUGUUUUAAGACUAACUUUAAUAGGGAAUAUUUCUCUCUUUAAGAAUAGUCUGAGGCUGGGUAUAAUGUCUCAGUGCAUUUGUACUGGAAUUUUCACAGUCUAAUAGUCCUUUCCAACAUACAGCAGUACAUUUUCAGAUUAAGCUACAUCUAUAUGGUAAUAAAGCCAAUCACUGACAGGAAAACUGCCAGUGUACUGAAAAGAAUCUCCCACUCCCUUGAGCUUAGAGACACUUACAGAGUCCCCUUCUGAUGCGGAGGAACAUCUAAGGGAGUUUGAGCCACCUAAGAUCUCAAUUUGCCAAAAUACAAUUCUUGUUAACCUUACUAAUUAAUACUAUUUUCUUAGGAUUUUCACAAUCUUUGCUUAUCAUUUUCACUCCUACAGAAAAAUCUCGGCAAAAGCCUGCAAUUGCGUGUAAUUUGGUGAGAUUUUAAAAAUAUUUUUCUGUACUUUUCAUUCUCUUUUAAUGAGGACCACUGUACAAGGUGAAAUAACUAGGACAGAAUGUUGUGUGUGUGUAUCUAUGUGCCAGUUCUGUCUUCAGUACUGUUUGGAACAAGUGGGUCAUUAGCCUGACUUGUGUUUUUAUUAUAACAGAGUUUGACUAAUUUUACACCUUUAUAAAUUUUAUGCUGUCAUUGUUUUUAUUUAAGUUAUAAUUCUGCCUAUUUCCUGAUAUAUUCUCAUAUAUUUCCAUUACUUUUCAAAAGCAAAGGUGGAAAUAUGCUAUUAACAAUAAAAGUUUUUCAAUUGUGCUAUUUUUUUGGAAGUUUCAGGUAUUUCAAUAGGAAGUAAAUACCUAAAAUACAUUUUUUAUGUGUACCAAUUUUUAUAGAAACAUUACUUCAAGUUGUGAGAUCAAGUUGCAUUUCUGGAUAGACUGAUGCAUUUAUCAAUCACAAAGAAGAUUGACAUAUUCUUUAGAUAAAUUUUUUUCAAGCUUGGAUGAUUUUUAUAGUGUAACAUUUCCUAAAGAUUAUGGGAAGCAUGUUUCCCAUUCCUACGCCUUCAGUGAGGCAUAAGAAAUAGUGGCAUUACAUUUAAAGAAGUCUCGUUAAAAAGCAGAAGCAGGCUUUUCAUUUCAUUAAUUAAAAUAAAAUUUGGUUAUGUGGUUACUUGGAGUAGAAUUUACUCAGAAUCAAAAAGAAUUUAGAUAUGCUGUAUCAUCUACAUUUAUAGUUUAUAACACUGAGUUUUCUUUCAGACUGUCAACUAUACAGACAAUAAAAUUAAGGUUUUAAUAAACUUAGCCUUUGGGUUUUCUGAAUCCUAUGAAGUCAAUUUUUUUUUCCUUUAAACUCUGAAAACCACCUGUUGCUGAAAAUAUAUAAAUUAGAAUGUCAGACUGACAGGUUGGUAAAGGCAGGAAUGAAAAAGUUACUUUUUACAGAUACCAUAUUAUCACUUCAUACAAAAACAACAAUUCAGAACUCACUUUUAAAAUUUUAUCUUAAUUAAAAGACUUUAUUUUUUAGCAUGGUUUUAGAUUUAUUGAAAAAUUGAGCAGAAAGUACAGACUUUCCCAUUUUCACAUCUUGCAUUAGUGUGGUACAUUUGUUAGAAUUGAUGAACUGGUCUUGAAACAUUAUUAACUAAAGGUAGUAGUUUACAUUAGGAUUCACUCUGUGCUGUGCAGUUCUACAAGUUUUCUUUUUUUAAGAUUUUAUUUAUUUAGAGAGUGCAUGCGCUAGCAGAGAGAGAGGCAGAGGGAGAGAAU